UUUAUGUAUUAAACUAUGACGCUGUUGUUAAAGAAACCACAUGUUCAUCGACCAUACACCAUUAACAAUGCAUCUUUACCUUCCUAUAUAAGGAGAAAAUAUUCUCAUAGUUGCUACAGCAAAAGUAACUGGUUCUUGAAAUCUUCUUUGUCUCUAAGUAGUAUUAGUAUUAGUACAAGUAAAAAGGUUGUUUGUCCUUCCAUUGUGAUGGCAACAAAAAGUAGCAAUGAGACCAAAUCUCAUAAUGUGAAAGCUUUAGUGACGUUGAAGCAAAGUGAUGGUGGUCUCAUAAAGAAUAUUGUUACUGGUAUUGUUGGUAACAAACACUUGGUUUUGGAGCUUGUUAGUGCUGAACUUGAUCCAAGAACAAACUCGAAGAAAGAGACAAUAAAAGGAAAAGCGCACGAAACUGAGAAAAAAGAAAACGAGGUGCAAUAUGAGGCAACAUUUGAGUUACCAGUAGAUUUUGGAAAUGUGGGUGCUGUUUUGGUUGAGAAUGAGCAUGACAAAGAGAUAUUUCUAAAGAACAUAGUCCUUGAUGGUUUCCCUGAUGGCCCUGUCCACCUUACUUGUCAAUCAUGGAUUCAGCCUAAGCAUGAUACUCCUACAAAGAGAGUUUUCUUCACUAACAAGAUGUAUUUACCAUCACAAACACCAAGUGGAUUAAGAAAGCUUAGAGAAGAUGAGCUAAUAGAAUUAAGAGGUAAUGGAGAAGGAGAAAAAAAAAGCUCUGAUAGAAUUUAUGACUAUGAUGUCUACAAUGAUCUUGGAGAUCCUGAGACCAACAUUAAACUCAAAAGACCUGUUCUUGGUGGCACCAAACAAUAUCCGUAUCCAAGACGUUGUCGUACCGGUCGAAAGCAUUCUAAUACAGAUCCAUCAUAUGAAACGAGAGAUUCGGAUUUCUAUGUUCCUCGUGAUGAGGCGUUUGCUGAGAUAAAGGACAUACAAUUCAACACAACCACAGCGUCCUCAGGAGUAAAAACAAUUUUGCAAUCCUUGGACACAAUUCUCACUGACAUAAAUCUUGGAUUUGACAGCUUUGAAGACAUAGACGAACUUUACAAACAAGGAUUUCCAUUACCAUCAUCUCUUGGAUCCAAUAAUUUAACAUUGCUCCAAAAAGCCAUUCCCAGGUUGAUUAAAGUUGCUCAUGAUAGCCAAAACCUUUUGCGCUUUGAUACCCCAGAAGCACUUAAAAGAGACAAAUUUUUUUGGCUAUCAGAUGAGGAAUUUGCUAGGGAGACUUUGGCAGGGGUCAACCCAAAUAGCAUCCAAUUAGUCAAGGAAUGGCCUCUGAGAAGUAAAUUAGAAUCCCAAAUUUAUGGUCCACCAGAAUCAGCUAUCACGAAAGAAGUUGUCGAGUCGCAGAUAAUUGGUUAUACCACAGUUGAAGAGGCCAUUCAAGAGAAGAAAUUGUUUGUACUAGACUACCAUGAUCUAUAUUUACCAUAUGUAAGCAAAGUGAGGGAAAUGAAGAAUACUACACUGUAUGGAUCAAGAACAUUGUUCUUCCUCACCAAACAAGGCACAUUGAAGCCGCUAGUCAUUGAGCUCACUAGACCAAUUAUUGGUGACAAACCACAAUGGAAACAAAUCUUCACUCCUGCUUCUGAUUCUACCAAUCUUUGGCUUUGGAGGCUUGCAAAAGCUCAUGUUCUUGCUCAUGAUACUGGUUACCAUGAACUUAUAAGCCACUGGUUGAGGACUCACUGUGUUGUAGAACCAUUUGUGAUUGCAACAAAUAGGCAACUUAGCACCAUGCAUCCAGUCUACAAGUUACUGCAUCCACAUCUCAGAUAUACCUUGCAGAUAAACGCACUUGGACGCGAGAUUCUUAUUAGUUCAUAUGGAGUCAUUGAAAGCACAUUCUUUACUAAAAAGUAUUCAAUGGAAUUAAGUUCUGUGGCUUAUGAUAAGCUUUGGCAAUUUGAUUUGCAGGGACUACCAAAUGAUCUUCUCCAUAGAGGAAUGGCUGUGGAAGAUCCUAGUGCACAACAUGGACUAAAGCUAGCAAUUGAAGACUACCCUUUUGCCAAUGAUGGUCUUCUCAUAUGGGAUGCAAUCAAACAAUGGGUGACAGAUUAUGUCAAUCAUUACUAUCCAAAUCCAAGCAUCAUAGAAUCUGAUCAAGAGCUUCAAGCAUGGUGGACAGAAGUUCGAACAAAAGGCCACGGCGACAAAUCAGAAGAACCAUGGUGGCCAAAUCUGAAAACACAAAAAGACCUCAUUGACAUCAUCACCACUAUAGCUUGGGUAGCAUCUGCACAUCAUUCAGCAACAAACUUCGCACAAUAUGCUUAUGGAGGCUAUUUUCCUAAUAGACCAACAAUUGCUAGAAACAACAUGCCUACAGAAGACCCUACAAAGGAAGAAUGGGAGAAAUUUCUGAACAAGCCUGAGCAAACACUUUUGGAGUGUUUCCCUUCACAAAUUCAAGCAACCUUAGUGAUGACCAUUUUGAACUUAUUAUCAUAUCAUUCACCAGAUGAAGAGUACUUGGGACAACUCAUUGAACCAUCAUGGGCUGAGAAUCCAGCUAUAAAGGUAGCAUUUGAAAGGUUUAAUGGGAGAUUGAAGGAAAUUGAAGUUAUAAUAGACUCAAGAAAUGCAAAUAGUAAUUUCAAAAAUAGGAAUGGAGCUGGGAUAGUGCCAUAUGAGCUAAUGAAACCAUUUUCAGGACCUGGAGUCACUGGAAAAGGAGUUCCAUAUAGCAUAUCUAUUUAGUAAUCAAUCAUGAAUCACACAUGUUGCAUUAAUUGUACUACAACAAUAAGUCCUAUAUAUCACAUUUCCACAAUUACUUCUGUUGUUAUUUUUAAGUAAUGUUUUCAUGAAUCUCUUUGAUGGUAUUGUUUUUA